UGCAACGUAUCAGAAAUCUGGAGCCAUGGCCAUGUCUCCCGAGGAGGAGGAAGAACAGGUGCCUGCGGAGAAUGCCGUAAAACUACCGCAGUCCGAAGCGAUCAUGGAGGCAAUCAUUCGAUCUUCAAAGCCCCUGCCGAUAGGCCCUGCAGACGAUACCGAGUUGUGCGAUUGGAAGCGCAUCGACAGGAUCAUUCUGCAGUUCUCAGACCCUUUGGUGCCAUGGCUCCGCUGCCGCUGGCUCUUCUUCCUCCUUUUGGAGUUGGCCUUCGCCUGGCGGAUCUACGCCCUGGAGCGCCACUACUUUGCGGUCUAUGUCUUGGCGAUCUACGUUUUGAACCAGGUACUUCUUUUCUUGUCACCAGCUACAGAGGACGACCAUCUCCCAGCUCGAAGCAAGAGCAGUGAGUAUCGUCCCUUUGUUCGAGCCCUUUCAGAGUUUCGACUCUGGUGCCGAGGAACCUUGGCGACCAUGGCAGCCUUCAUUGUCACCUUUAUCGAUGACUUGGACCUGGAUGUGGAUGGUCGUGCUUUGUUGGUUUAUUUCGUGCUGCUCUUCGUGUACACCAUGAAGCAACAGAUCAUGCAUAUGGUUCAGUACGGCUAUGUGCCCUGGAACAAGCCCAAGAAACGCGUGGCCCAUGAAAAGUCUGAGGCUUUAGAUGUUUGACGGUGGAUUUUCUCAGCA